AAACCCCAGCCCCCACUCCCCCCCGUCUCAUUCCCCUCCACCCGCCGUCUCCUCCCAUCUCAUCUCCGCCGCCAUCAGGUUCAGUUUUCCUCCAUGGCGGCUUUCAACAAGCUCGGAAGCCUUCUGAGGCAGAGUGCUUUGACGAGCAGUGCCCCAACCGGCUCAGCUCCUGCGCUGUUCAAUGCUGCCCGCUACAUGUCCUCUAAGCUUUUCGUUGGCGGUCUGUCGUGGGGUACCGAUGAUUGCAAGCUGAGAGACGCGUUCAGCGGCUUCGGUGAGGUAACUGAAGCUCGUGUGAUCACUGACAGAGAGACAGGAAGGUCUAGAGGGUUUGGCUUUGUCAACUUCGCAGAAGAGGAGGCAGCCAAGGCUGCUGUAACUGGCAUGGAUGGUCAGGAACUUGAAGGCCGGAGUGUCCGUGUGAAUUUUGCCAAUGAGAGAGAGAGACCUGCAGGCGGUGGCGGAUAUGGCGGUGGCGGUGGUGGAUAUGGUGGAGGUCGUGGAGGCGGUGGUGGUGGCUAUGGCGGAGGAGGCUACGGAGGUGGUGGUGGUGACCGUGGCUUCGGUGGAGGCCAGGAAUCCUACUGAGAAGAUCACCUACUAUCUGAAGUUACAAUAAUGAGCUUUUUAGGACACUUUGUCGAUUAUGUGGAACCUAUCUGAUGCCUGUCUGUUAUCUGCGUGGAACUCUUAGAGGGGCAGAUCUGGUUCUACCGUAUUUUCAGUUUUGGUUUGUUUCUGAUGGUGCAAGAGUAUGCUUGCGAGACUGAUGAAGCAUAUGAAGUUUGUGGCAAUGCCUGUCUAUUGCCAUAUGUACUUGUAGAGAAUGAUUGCGUAUGUUAGAGUUAUCAUAAAUUCUCCAGUAUUAUGUUCAGAGUCAAAUAUUGAGAUUUUUUUAGAA